GUAGCGUCAGUAAUAGAUGGCUGCCCAGUUAACAGUACUGUGCUCCUCUUGUCAGCAGUGGUAACUGCCAGCGACGGGUUGUCCAGAGGCUCUAAUCGCCCAGCCUGUAGAGAUACUGAGAUCUCGCGAGAACAGCGGCGACGCAUCUGACUGGCAGUUGGGCCGCAACAGGCAGGGCUGUGUGAGCUGCAGGCACGGAGGUAGCAUCAUGGCGGAUAGAGAUAGUGCAUCGGAACAGUCAGCAGCAGCAGCAGCGGCGGCGACAGCUGUGGGCCCCCUGCACCCAUCUCCAGGGGGGGCGGGUUCGUCCCCGGGGCUGCAGCAUGAAACGCAAGAGCUCGCCUCUAAACGAGUCGACAUCCAAAACAAACGCUUCUACUUGGACGUAAAGCAGAACGCAAAGGGUCGCUUCCUAAAGAUAGCAGAGGUUGGGGCCGCAGGAAACAAGAGCCGCCUCACUCUGUCUAUGUCGGUUGCUGUGGAGUUUCGGGACUACCUGGGGGACUUCAUCGAGCACUAUGCUCAGUUAGGGCCCAGCAAUCCGGACAAAGUACAGGACGAACCGCGUAGGGCACUGAAGAGUGAAUUUCUCGUCCGGGAGAAUAGGAAGUAUUACAUGGACCUUAAGGAGAACCAGCGGGGCAGGUUCCUGCGGAUCCGGCAGACCGUCAACCGGGGGCCCGGUCUGGGAUUCGCUCAAGGCCAGACGAUCGCUCUUCCCGCCCAGGGACUCAUCGAGUUCCGCGAUGCUCUGGCCAAGCUGAUCGACGACUACGGGGUGGAAGAGGAGCCGGUCGAGCUGCCGGAGGGCACCUCGCUGACGGUCGACAACAAGCGCUUCUUCUUCGACGUGGGCUCCAACAAGUACGGCGUCUUCAUGAGAGUCAGCGAAGUGAAGCCUACGUACCGCAACUCCAUCACCGUGCCCCACAAGGUGUGGUCCAAGUUCGGCCAGACGUUUUGUAAAUACGCCGAGGAGAUGCGGCGGAUCCAGGAGCGUGAGAGACGCUCGUGCGAGCCGCAUCCCGAGGAGCCGCGCGCCGACGACGACGGCGACGAUGACGAUUGAUAAUCAAAAUAAAUUAAUGACAAAACUAUAGGAGGAGAAUCUAUAAAAAAGGAGACAAACAUAUUAAGCGGUCAUCGUUUAACCCACAGGAAACCUUCACAGACUGACAGUUACGGCUUUUCUCCCAUCGCUGGAUGUUACCCACUUAUCCAUCAUUAAAACAGUAAGCGGCUGCUACAGUAACGGCAUAUAUGAACUGUGUUUCGUACUUGAUACAAAAGCCUAGUGUUUAUUUCCCUACUUAACGAACAUUUUUACACGUCUAAGCUAUUAAAGAAGUUUCAGUGGUCAGGCAUUGUGCUGUUGAGGUGACAUGGAAAAGUAGGGCUUUUCGUGUAUUACGUUUGACUUUAGCACAAAGCAAAUAUUUUAGAAACUUUUUUUUUUGUUACCAAAACAAACAAGUCUUUUUAAAUAACUUAUAUUAAUAUAUUUACAACCAUAUUUACGUAUGAGUAUAUAAAUUUAUAAAGAGAACUGACAUUAAACUGCAGUGGACAGUUAUGACCCGAAAAAAGAUGAUGAUUAAAAAUGUAUUGUGCACAAAAUAACGCCAACGGGAAAGGGCUUUCCUUUAAAGCGUCCUGUGACGGUAUUUUUUAUUUUUUGUGUUCUUGUACCAAGAGUCUACCAUAUGUGAUUGAAAGCUAGGCAUGUCGGUGGUCUGUUGUAGCAUUAUGCAGAAAUCUCUAUAGUUCAAGGUACGUAGAAACCCUGUGUGUUACAAUAUGCAUCUCUGCCUCAGCUCUGGACUCAUUCAGCUGGUUUGUGUCUUUUCUGUCAACGGGAACACUUUUUAAAUGGUCGUGCAGGUUUGUUGCUUUUUCUGAAUUGUCCACCUGCUUUUCAAGGAACAUGUGGUCCUGCGGUAGAAGUUUGUCCACCCUGCUAUAGGCAUACCCGAUUUAGAGAUGCAGAGGAUUGCAGAGUCUUGGAGCAGGAGGUCUGUCACAUACGCAUUGCUGUUCUGGUUACUAAAGUCACUGUUGUUCUUAUCAGAUUGUCAACCCUAUAGGAAUGUCGGGCGAAUGGUUUGGUGUCAACUUAAAUAUAUAUAUAAAAACUAUGAUUUUGUGAAUCAGAUAUAUUUCAGUCCUUAUGAAACACCCACGUUUUCUGUGGGUAAUGAUGAAACAAUAAUUUAAAGGAUAUUCAGCAUUGAAACAGGAGAUGAGAAGGUCCAAUUAUCAAUGCUCAGGUAGACGGGAAACUGCUACCGGUGCAUGUUGAGGCUCAUAGAGCAUAGGUCUACAUUUAAACAAUCUGGUGCCUUAAACAGUGCUCAUGUUUACAUACUGAUUUGGUGUUCUGGAGGGCUGUUUUAUUUUUGUUUGCUUGUGAUGGCAUUUACCAGACCUUCAAAAAAGAAAAAAAAAACCCAAAGAUGGUUUGUUUUGUUUCAUUUGUUUUUCAUGAUAAAAAUGUUAUAUUCCCUUAAUUUAUGAAUUUUCUGUCCACGAAGGCCGCACAUCAUGAUGGGAGCUAUCGUGUUAGGUGUAUACGCCUGUUUUUCAUUUUCUCUCCCAUGUGCAAUGUGCAAAGAGCAGAGGAAGUGAGCGUGCAGUGGUCUGGAGACCGCAGCUCACACGCACCUUCUGUGUUCUGUGCGUGAAUCAUUAUGACAGUGUGUGCUUUAUUAUUAAAACUCUCCAGUAGGGGAUCUAUUUGAUUUUUGUUUUUUUCCCCCCCUAAAAGAAAUUACUGCGUUAUUUUUCAUUUUGAAUGUUUUUGUUUAUUUUACCCCACAAGAAUUUCAGUGCUAGAUUUUGUUACUCUGUGCAAUAUUGUAUGUGCCAAUGUUGGCAAUUAAUGUAUAUUAAAUAUUUGAAAGCCUGAAGCUGAUUUUUCUUCUUAUUCUUUGAGGGGAAAAACAUCAGCAGUGUUUAGGGUUACUUCAUCAGUCUCAGUAACUUACUUAUCAGUAUCUGACAGACGGGCAAAUCCCCUGUACAGCUGCAGUGUGGUUCGUGCUGCUUGGAGGGUUUGUCUCGCUCUCUGUCCCUCAAGCUAAGCAAGCAUCCCUUGUGUGAGAAUAUGUAGCAUAUCGUGUCUUAAAAAAUAAAAAUUAAUGGCACAUAUAGUUGAGACGUGCUGCUGUGUUACCUGAUAUGCAUCAAGUAAAAAAAAAAGUUUACAGAAAUAUGUAUGCCUGAUCCUUCCAUUAUGGAGGUUUUGUUGUGUUUUUAUUUCUGCAUUAUAUGCUUCCUGUUUUAUUUUAGUGAUGUUAAUGUUUAUAGCACAAUUAUACCAAUACAGAAAUACAUUUCAUUUAUUCAAAACUAAUAUAUAUAUAUGUUCUUGGUACAUAUAAUUUUAAGUUUCCUUAAAAUUAAAUUGACUAACUUGUAUUUUUACAAAUACAGGUUUAUGAAGGUUUACAAAAUAUGACCUAAUUAGCCUUUAUUUGAAAAACAGUUUUUUUUAAGUAUGUUUGCAUACGUCUUCAGUUUUAAUGGGGACUAGUCUGUGAAUGUUGCAUAAGCAGGGUUCAAUCAGUGUGGACCUUUAGAAAUUCUAUAUUAAAAUUCUCUAUAUAAAUGCCAAAAUUUUUGGGUGAAUACUGGAUCUACUCCAACUGUCAUCACUAACAAAGGUCCUGGUAUUUUCUAUGUGAAUGUUGCUUUCUGUUACGUUUGUUUUAUAUUCAAAUAUAUGUACUUCUAUACCAUUACUUUAUAUGUUUUGGCUGAAAUCAGCUUUAUGCUGCCAGCUGAAUGCAAGCUUGUUUUUUCUUUUGCUGCUAUUUAUUAUUGUUAUUUUAUUAUUAUUAUUGGCGUAGUGGGUAAAGAAAAGGGAUUGUAUUUGAUGGUCAGUAUUUUUGGGGGAACAAACUAGUAGUGAGUAAGAAAUAAGUAUUCUCAUAGGGUUUCAUAUUGUCAUCUUUUUGUACAGUAAUACAAUAGUUCUGUUCUGGAGCUCUAAGCAAGGCUGGAAUCCAUUAGACAGAUAGAUAGUACUGGGGGGUCCAGGAAUCCAGCAGCCAAUCCAAGUGACCAAUGGACCACUUACUGGUAUAGGUUACUCAGCACUCACCCUCCGGUAUGUAAUCACUAAAGCUGUGCUGGUCUCGUAGGUCAAGUAGCAGAAUGCAGGAGGACCCCCUUUACAGUUCACGUUAAAAGGAUGCAGCACAGUGUGUCUGUCUGUCACAAGUGCUUUUUUUUAAAAAAAAAUGUGUAACGUAGUUAUCUUACAACUCUGUAUACUGUCAACUUUUUCAUCAUAUGAUCACUGCUCUCAUUUCUACUCCAUGUUUCUGUUACUUCACGUCUUUUUUCUGUGUUUAAUUUGUAUUUAUAUGGAAACCACUUGGAAACAAUGUCUCACUCUUAGUUGUUGCCUGACAUGAUCCUAUAAUGCCUCAAACUAAUAUCUGAAAAAUAGCAGCUUACCUGCUUGCCUUACUAUUGAAAACAGUGGUAAUUAUUGUGUAAUGACCUCGCAGGAAUUACAUGCAGUAACUAUAAGUGGCAGAUGUUUCCAAUUGUUUCCAAAGGCUAAUGCUGAAACUGUAUAGAACCACUAGACUGUUUUGUGUGCCAUCUUUAGCAUUUAGCCACAGCAGACCCACCUGGAAGGGAACAUAUCUGGUUUUCUGUGGCCGAUUACUAUUUUCAGCUUUUUGUGGUCUUCAUCCUUGCUAACUUACAUAUGUUGCCUGUCUGAGCUGUGCUGUGAGCUCAUGCGGGAAAUUGUUUACCUGUUGAAUUCUAAACACACACCCUGGCCAGAGAAUGAAGGGUGUUCCACUUAAGUAGACAUCUUCUCACUUAUAUAGCACAUACCCACCCGAGAAUCAUCAUGUUUAGCACUUUUACUAUCGAUCUGAUGUACCAUGUGCUGUCUGUACUUUCCUGCAGGUACAAAUCACUCAGUAAAUAGAACCAUCAAAGUGUGUACGCUUUCCUAGAUAAAACAUUCUGUGUCAGUACUAAGACAUUUAGCAAAAUGAAGAAGUAAAUUAGUCUUUUUUUUACCAUCAGCUUAGGUGCUACUAACUUUGGUGCUGUGUUGCAGCUGUUUUUCAAAAUGGCUGCUGUCAUUUAAUAUAGAGCAAUUUUCUAUUCUUCUCUUAAAUAUUCAGUGCCUUCAACGGGCUAUUGAAAGUUAAGUUCCAGGAGGUUUAAAGUCAGCAAUAUAGCAACAGACACCAUGUGCCAUGUAGUACAACAUCUGUAAUGCAUAUCAUGCAACAAUGUUACCACUUUAACUUAUUAAUACCCACUGAAGCAGACUUAUCGUCUCUCUCCGCUCGAAUUUAUAACUCAUGUGAAUACUUGUGCUUUCAUACAUCAGAUCUAAAUGUUACAUGAUUUGAGUAUCGAGAGAAGCCAGAUUUAUGAACAAAACACUUGAUAGAAAACAAAGCACAACAAUGAUUAAGAUUCAAUGCUGAUGGUAACACUGAAAUGAGGAUCUCUGCCGUCACUAAUAAAGUGGGAUUAUCUAUUGGAUUGAUGUCUUGCUGCUUUAAUGAGAACGGCAAGGGCCUGCAGAACAAUUUCUGUGAUUAUCCCAUUUACCCAGUAUGCCUGAUCUAUAACACCAAUACCUUGUGAGUGAAAAUGGGAGCUACUCACUUAAAAAGGCUGAUUUCACUGUGUUCUUCUGCGACUGUGAGUGCAUACGCGUGUGUGUAAAGCAUCAGAGAAGUGUUUAAAUUUCCACACCGUAUUCACGGAUUCUCUUAGGCUGUUAUGCUCCAAUUCCAAUUAUGCUACCCCCCACCCAAGAAAAACAAAAAAUCUCUGUGUAAGAUGUGCAUACGUGAGCAAAUAUAACUAAAAUAGUUUUAUCUGUAAUAUUUUAUACUCAAAGAACUUAACUAAUCGAUUAACAUUUGCACUUUAAAAUGUGAAAAUUCUGAAUAUUUUUGAUAGGUCCUACACGACAUAGGAAAUACUUUCAAGGCUUUGUGUCAUUACUGUUGCAGAAAAAUAUGCCAACUUUCAGUAGUAUAUUUUGUCUUGUGCAGUUUUAUUAAAGUGUAUUGCAUGAUAAAAUACUCUGAUUAUUUUAAAUGGCUUUGUCCAAAUAAGCUAAAAGUCUUAACAAUGUCUUUCUGGAUUCCUAUAUUUUAAAGAGUUUAUUGUGAAUGGUUGCCUUUCCUGACCUGACUGGUACUUUUCUGGUUUAGAAUUUUUCUUGUUUUGUUUUCAUGCAGCCUCUGCUUUUGUUGCUGUUCUAUGUACGUUCAUCUCAUUAAAUUUCCUUUGAAACUUCA